ACGUGCGGUGGAGCCUGGGUGCUGAGCCCGAGGAUCCGCCGACGGGGGGGGAGGCAGUAUGGUGGAAGCGUGGUACAUGGACGAGUCCCCGGAGGACCAGCGCCAGCCGCACCGCCUGGAGCCCAACCAGCCCGCCAGCCUUGAGCAGCUGAGGCAGCUGGGCGUGCACUAUUGGAAACUGGAUGCUGAUAACUAUGAGACCGAUCCAGUCCUAGCAAAAAUCCGGAAGGAGAAAAACUACUCUUGGAUGGAUAUAAUCACUAUACACAGAGAUAAACUGCCAAAUUAUGAAGAGAAGAUAAAAAUAUUUUUUGAAGAGCACUUACACCUGGAUGAUGAGAUUCGCUACAUCCUGGAAGGAAGUGGGUAUUUUGACGUUCGUGAUAAAGACGACAAAUGGAUUCGGAUUGCCAUGGAAAAAGGAGACAUGAUCACACUCCCUGCUGGCAUCUAUCACCGAUUUACGCUGGAUGAGUCUAAUUAUGUGAAGGCAAUGAGGCUGUUCGUUGGAGAACCUGUGUGGACAGCUUACAACAGGCCAGCUGAUCAUUUUCCUGCUCGGGAACAGUACCGGCAGUUUUUGGCACCAGCAGUCCAAUAAACCUUUAGGAAGGCUUACUACACAAGUGUGUCCCACUACUUCUGAAUAGCCAAAUAGCUUUGUUCACUCUACCUGCUAUUAAUGAGUAUUUGGUUUUUACAACUCUAAUGUAUGGAAAGCAUAAAGAGCAUUCAACUUUUCAUUCUAUGUUGAUUACCAGAUGAUUAUGAUUAAUUUUUUAAAGUACAAGAGUAGGUUGUGGGUACGUAUUGCACCUUAAUUUAUUUCAAGAGUUUUCCAUACUCAUGAAAUUAUAUUUAGUCAUCUGUUUAAUUUUCCUCUUCAGUUUGAUACAGUAGAAUGUUGAUCACUGUUAUGGUAUCAAUCCUGUUGUUUUCCAAUGUAGCGAAGACUUAUUCCAUCAGAAUAUACAUUAACGUUUAAUAAUAAAUAAAAUGUAAGCGAUAACUAUUCUGAGCAGAAAGAACUGAUGUCUGUUCUGCCAGACCUUUAUUGUAGUGAAGGUUUUUUUUUAACUGGAGCAAAUCAGCUCAGGAUAUCAAUUCUUUCUCUUUACUGUACACAAGCGAUUCAGCCUUGGUGAGCUAUUCUCUGCCUUGUUCAAAAACACCGUUAUACUUACAUAAAUUGUUAUCUGAUUUUUUUUAGACUUCUAAUAAACAGUGCUGCAUUUUAAAUGUGUACCAGCUGUUUUUCAAGCAUGUUCCCUUGAAUAAAGGUGAAAACUUUGAAUACUCA